AUGUCCGACUACAGCGCCAUCUACCUGUACGCCAGCACCAUCGGCGCGCCAAUGCCCCUCGACAGGGCCUCGCGACGGGAGAAGCAGGCCCGGCGCCCCAACUCCACGCCCGACGGGUCCCUGGCAGCACGGCGACACUCGCGCAGCUCCAGCAGCGACCAGGCGUCCAUGAGCAGCCGCUCGUCGCACUACACGGCGCGCCAGCUGUCGCUGUCCGGCUCGUACUCGCAGGGCCCCGCCGCCUCUGCUGCCGUGGGGCCGCAGCACCAGCAGGGCAGCGCCAGCGCCAGCGGCUCAGCUGCUGCUGCUGGUGCUAGCACUGCCAGCGCUACUACUAGUAGUAGCAGCACGACGCCGACCGCUAGCACCGCGACCUCUUCUCCUAAUCUUACCAGCAGCAUCAGCAACAACAGCAGCACCAGCAGCGGAAGCUUCUCCAAACACCACAGCAAUCAGCACCACCCGCCGCCUCUCGCGCCUCUCGCCUCGUCCGCGCAGCUCCCGCCGCAGCCUCCCACGCCUGGCCGCGCCGCCAGGACCCUCUCUCGCCUGCAUCGCGCCAGGCUCAGCGGCUCGCUGCUCGAUGCCGGCGCCGCGAGAAAUGCUCAGGACCUCGACCCGGCAAAGUUUGUGCGACAAAUGACGGGCUUCCCGGCCAGCCGCGCCGAGUCCAUCUCGUCCGCCAGCGGCCAGACCUCGGCCUCGUCGCGCACCAUCCUCUCGACCGAUCCCUCGGCCAGCCUCGUCGCCGCCCGGCCCUUUGUGCAGCGCAAUGGCCGCACCUUUCUCAACGAUGAGACGCUGCCGUACCCGCUGCCCUCCGACCUCACAGAGCUGCACAGACAGGCGCUGCGGACGAUGCUGUUGAUCCAGGUCAUUGGCGCGCCCGUCCUGUCGCCGGGCCUGAUCAAGAAGCCGCCGCAGCGCGUGCUGGAGAUUGGCUGCGGGUCUGGCUUCUGGAGCACCAUGUGCCACCAGUACUUCAAGAGCCGCGGCCACGGCGGGCUGUCCUUUACGGGCAUCGACAUUGCGCCGCUGGGGCCCGACAACAGCUCCAGCGCCUCCGACGACGCCAUGAAGCCCAGCGGCGACAUGCAGUGGAAGUUUAUCCAGCACGACCUCCGCCAGAUGCCUUGGCCAAUCCCCUCGGAAGAGUACGACCUUGUCAUGGUCAAGGACGUGAGCUACGCGGUGACAAAUAAGAUGAUGCCGAACUUUAUCGAGGAGUGCGUCCGUAUGGUCAAGCCAGGGGGCACGUUUGAGAUGUGGGAGUCCGAUCACCUUAUCCGAAGCUUGCGGCCUCACGUCCCCACAUCCACAGUCUCAGCUGAAGAUGCCGAGCAGCAGGCAGCCGCUGCCAGCCUUGGCGCCUAUGUCAUCAACCCGCAGACCCCCCUUACCGCCCCGUCAAACGACUACAUUAAUGAAUACAACUCUUGGUUAUCAAAAGCGCUUGAAUCUCUCGACAUCCAUCCCCUCCCGUGUACAAUCAUUGGUCCCACCCUCAUACAAGAGUACGAGACGCUGGGCGACGUCCGCUCACGGCGGAUAGCCCUCCCCCUGAGCGAGUUCCGCUGGGAGAAGGAGGGCAUUGGCGGUGUCAUCACUACCGACGCAAAGACCGACUCCAAGGGCAAAGAACCGCCGCCAACGCCGAGAGCGGACAAGAAGACGUUGACGGCGGGGCAGAUUGCCCUGCGGCAGACGGCCUUGCUGACCCAGGUGCAGGAGAUUCAGGCUCUCGAGCCCAUCCUGCGAGAGGUCAGCGGCAAGAGCCAGGACGAGUGGGACAUGUGGCUGGGGAAGAUGAUGAGCGACCUGAUGGACGACAACAGGACGUCGUUGAGCGAGUGUCUCGAGUUUGGCGCCUGGUAUGCGAAGAAGAAGAAGGUGACGGGGUGA